GGACGAUUGCUCGAGGGAACUUCCAAAUAUCCUGCCGGAACGGAAAUUGCACUCAAAGUGCAACAUCCCGGAAUUUGGCACAAGGUCUGUGUCGACUUUUACCUGCUCGCCAAAAUUGCAAAGUUCUUGGAGGGAUUGCCAAAACUCAAUUUAAAGUACCUGAGUUUGGCCGACACGGUCCGACAGUUUCGAGAUAUCAUGUUGCCACAACUCGACUUGCGCAUUGAAGCGGCCAACCUGCAACGAUUCAAUCAAGAUUUUCGAAACGAUGACAGUGUCACAUUCCCUCAUCCACUCGAAGAACUCACCACGUCACGAGUAUUGACCGAAACAUUCGUUCAUGGGACACCCAUUAUGGAAUACACCAAAGCUUCGGUCGAUAUGCGCCGGCAGGUUGCAAAAAUUGGAUUGGAAACGACACUCAACAUGAUCUUUCUCAAAGAUUUCAUUCAUGGCGAUUUGCAUCCUGGAAACAUUCUUGUAUCGGAAAAACCAGACGGAACUCCCCAACUACAUUUCUUGGAUUGUGGCUUGGUGGUAGAAGUGGGACCCCACCAGCAUGAAAACAUGAUCAAGAUCCUCGGGGCAUUCACACGGAAAGAUGGACAACUCGCUGGACAACUCAUGGUGGACUCCUCUAGUGAAUCCCAAGCUUCCGAUCUGGAUGUCGAAUUGUUCAUCAAUGGGAUCGUACAUAUCAUCAAAAUGGAUGACGACAAUAACUUUAUUGAAAAGGUUGGAGACUACAUUGCAGAUAUUUGCUUCCUAGCUUGCAGGCACAAGGUGAAGUUGGAAGCCACAUUUGUCAAUGCUUCUCUUGCAGUGGAGAUUAUGGAAGGAAUUGCGGCUGCCUUGUACCCGGACAUGCACGUCCAGCCAAUUGCACUCAAGCUCAUCGUAAGGGCGGAAAUGAUGCACCGCAUGGGAAUGAAAUAG